AUGGACGAUCUGUAUGACGAGUUCGGCAACUUCAUCGGCGAAGUCGCCUCCGACGAGGAGGAGGGUUCACAGGAUGGCGACGUUGCCGGCCAGAACUACGUCUACGAUGAAGACAGCGACGAGGAGCCAGCUGCAGCGGAUGCCCAGAUGGAUGUCGACGAAGAGCCCACCUCCAAUGCUGUGAUCCUGCACGAAGACAAACAAUACUACCCUUCCGCCUCACAGGUUUACGGCGAAGAGGUGGAGACUAUGGUGCAAGAGGAGGACGCACAGCCGUUGUCGGUGCCUAUCAUUGCGCCCGUGGCGCAGAAGAAGUUCCAGGUGCAGGAGGCGGAUCUGCCGCCGGUGUACUACUCGAGAGACUUUAUGACGGAUUUGCUGAGUUUCCCGGAGGGUAUCAGAAAUAUUGCCAUCGCAGGCCAUUUGCACCACGGCAAGACGGCAUUCGUGGACAUGCUGGUCAUGCAGACGCACGACUUGCAGGACAGGCUCGACAAAAAGGUCGGCCGAAAAAGAGAUGAACAAUUACGGUAUACGGACACGCAUUUCCUCGAGCGUGAACGCGGAGUGAGCAUCAAGAGUGCGCCAAUCAGCCUUGUUAUGCAAGGCACCAAGGGCAAGUCGCAUCUGCUCAAUAUUAUCGAUACGCCAGGUCAUGCCAACUUUGUCGAUGAGGUUGCAUCGAGUAUGCGCUUAGUCGACGGUGUGGUGUUGGUGGUCGAUGUUGUGGAAGGUGUCCAGGUGGGCGCGGAGCAAGUCAUUAAGCAUGCUGUGUUGGAAGAUAUGCCCCUUGUGCUUGUGCUGAACAAGAUGGACCGGUUAAUAUUGGAGCUAAAGCUACCGCCAGCCGACGCCUACUUCAAGCUUAAGCACGUGGUGGAGCAGGUAAACACGACCAUUGAGAAUACAAUCCCUGGUCGCGGCGAGUCGAGGAGAUUGUCGCCUGAGAAAGGGAACGUCGCUUUCGCCUGCUCGUCUAUGGACUGGAUCUUUACUCUUCCUUCGUUUGCGAAGAUGUACGCCGACACGUUUGCCAAGGUUGACGCAUACGAGUUUGGUCGACGAUUAUGGGGCGAUGUCUUCUUCAAUCCUGGCAGCCGAAAGUUCACACGCAAAGCUGUCGAGGAAGGUGCCAGACGCGCCUUUGUCCAUUUCGUGCUCGAGCCAAUCUACAAACUGUACUCGCAUACGAUCAGCGAGUCGCCGGAGGACCUGAAGGAUACACUUGCCUCUCUCAACAUCUCACUCAAGCCGUCUCAGCUGAAGUCAGACGCUAAGGUGUUGCUGAAGCUGGUAUGCGCGCAAUUUUUCGGUCCGGCUGAUGGUUUCGUCGACAUGAUCACGACGCAUAUCCCUACCCCAGUCGAGGGCAACAAGAGACAGCUUGAGAAAUACUACACUGGGUCACAAACGUCGUCAGCUGCCGAGUCUAUGCUUAAAUGUGACUCCGACGGCCCGCUCAUUGUCGAAGUCACGAAGCUCUUCACGGCGUCUGAUGUCAAAAGCUUCAAUGCAUAUGGGCGGAUUUUGUCAGGUACCGCUUCUCCCGACCAGCCUGUCCGCGUGCUAGGUGAGACUUUUACGUUGGAAGACGAGGAGGAUUCUGCCAAUGCGACCAUCACCGCAACGCACCUUGCUUGCAGUCGCUACAGCAUUCCUGUAUCUGGAGUUCCUGCGGGUAACUUGGUGCUGCUCUCUGGCAUUGACAACUCAAUAUCCAAGACAGCCACUGUUGUUGCGCCAGAUCUCGAAGAGCCGUACAUUUUCUCACCUAUCCGACAUUUCACCGAGUCAGUCUUUAAAGUGGCCGUGGAGCCGGUGAACCCGUCCGAGCUGCCCAAGAUGUUGGCUGGGUUGCGACAAAUCAACAAGUCUUACCCACUCAUAGCCACGAAAGUCGAGGAAAGCGGCGAGCAUAUCCUCCUAGGUACUGGAGAGCUCUACAUGGACUGCGUUCUCCACGAUCUCCGUACCCUCUACGCGGAGAUGGACUUGAAGGUCUCAGAUCCGGUCACUCGCUUCUGCGAAACGGUCACAGAGACUAGCGCCAUCAUGUGCUAUGCUCUGACACCCAAUAAGAAGAACAAGAUUACCAUGAUCGCCGAGCCUCUGGAUGACGGCAUUGCUCAGGACAUUGAGACAGGGGCCGUGAAGAUCCGCUCACCCAUCCGGCAAGUUGCCAAGUACUUCGAAGAGAACUACGAUUGGGAUCGGCUUGCUGCUCGAUCUAUUUGGGCGUUUGGGCCAGACGAAAUGGGACCAAACAUCCUAUGCGACGAUACGCUACCAUCUAAUACCGACAAGAAACUGCUGAAAUCAGUGCAAGAAAGCGUGAAGCAGGGUUUCAGCUGGGGCGCCCGAGAAGGCCCGCUCUGCGAAGAGCCCAUCCGCAAUGCGAAGUUUCGUGUCACGGGCGCCGAACUGGCGAGCGAGCCCAUCUACCGAGGUGGUGGACAGAUCAUUCCGACUGCGCGUCGUGCAGUCUACAGCAGCUUUCUGAUGGCCGGCCCGAGACUCAUGGAGCCGCUCUAUUCGGUGCAUGUUACUGGGCCUGCAGACAGCGUCAGUGUUCUCUACAACGUCCUGAUGAAGCGCCGAGGCCACGUUGUCUCGGACGGUCCCGUAGCUGGAACGCCUCUUUACGCGGCUAAGGCACUGCUGCCUGUGAUCGACUCGUUUGGCUUCGAGACCGAUCUCCGAAUCCAGACGCAAGGUGCGACAUCUGUGCAAAUGGUUUUCGACAGAUGGGAGACAGUGCCCGGCGAUCCCAUGGACAAGAGCAUAAAGAUCAGGCCGCUCGAGAUGGCCGAUGCCAGAAGCGCGGCCCGCGAUUUCGUCCUAAAGACGAGGAGAAGGAAGGGCUUGAGUGAAGAUGUCGAUGUGAAGAGAUAUCUGGAACCGGAGUUACUGCAAGGCCUGCGCGAGAGCGGUGUUCUGGACUGA